GGGUUUGUGGUGACAAGAUGGCUGCCCUAAAGAGAGCAUAUACCAACAAAUAUAAAUAACCUUAUAAUAGUUCUGACUGCGCCUAAAAAGCAUAUCCAUCUAUGUGAUGUGAAUCUAGUACAACUAGUUAUACGUUAGCUUCUCACAAUAGAUGCUAUGACAUAUGGAAACCUUUGUAGGGAUAUUUGAAGGCACAAYGCGGAACAGCAACACAGACUUCAACAACAAACAAGAACCAUUGCCUGAUGCUCUUCCUCCUGAAGUCGAGCAAGGAAAUGUUGAGUAUAAGCUAAAACUGGUCAAUCCAUCUGAGUCAAGGCUUGUCCAUCUUGUCACUCAGAUGAAGUGGAGGCUCCAGGAAGGCCAGGGAGAGGCUAUCUAUGAAAUUGGAGUUGAAGACAAUGGAGCAGUUGUAGGACUUCCUGAGAAAGAUCUGCAAGCCUCCCUUCAAACUCUGGAACUUAUGGCAUCAAAGCUUGGAGCUACUACAACUGUCUUGCGUAAACAGUCUCUUGGUACGCAUGAUUCAGCAAGGCAUGUUGCAGAAGUGUUGGUUCGACAAGUACCAGAUGACCAACAAUUUAUUGACAUACGGAUGGCAGUUCUUGGGAAUGUAGAAUCAGGAAAGAGUACACUGCUAGGUGUCUUAACAUAUGAUGAACUAGAUAAUGGUCAUGGUCGUGCCAGGCUUAAUUUGUUCCGACAUUUACAUGAAAUUCAGUCAGGACGAACAUCCAGUAUAAGCCAUGAGAUCUUGGGGUUUAACAGUAAUGGUGAGUUGGUGAAUUACAGUGAAUCAAGGUCAGCUGAGGAUAUCUGUGAACAGUCUACCAAACUAAUAACCUUCAUUGACUUGGCUGGUCAUCACAAGUACAUGAAGACAACUAUCUUUGGUUUGACAGGAUAUUCACCUGACUUUGCAAUGCUCACUAUUGCAGGAAACUCUGGCAUAGUUGGUACAACUAAGGAACAUCUCGGCCUAACAAUGGCACUGCGUGUUCCAACCUUUGUAGUAAUCACCAAGGUUGAUAUUUGCACCCCUGCAAUGAUCCAGAGAACCACUGCAAUAGUUGAGCGCAUCCUCAAGUCUCCUGGUUGCAAUAAAGUUCCUUUAAGGGUUCAAACCGAAGAUGAUGCAGUUGUGGCAGCACAAAACUUUACAUCUCAUCAAAUCACUCCAAUAUUUACCGUAUCCUGUGUGACUGGUGAAAACUUGGAUUUGCUGAAAAAAUUUCUCAACAUUCUUCAACCUAGUACAACAAGUGCAGACAAAGAAAAGCUUUCACAGGCUCUUACAAAAUACAAGAUUGACGAGACGUUUAAUGUUCCUGGGACUGGUGCUGUUGUACUAGGAACACUAACCAGUGGCAUAAUUCGAGAGGGAGAUGARUUGUUAGUUGGUCCGUUCUACUCAGGUCAGUUUGAACCAGUUCAAGUGAUGUCUGUAAAACGUAACCGUGCGUCAUGUCGCGUGGUACGAGCCGGACAGUCAGCUUCUGUUGCGUUGAAGGGAAUCGAGCGACAUAUGCUGCGAAGGGGAAUGGUCUUAGCAGAUAUUCAACUUAAACCUCGUGCUUGUCUAGUUUUCUGGGCUGAAGUUUAUUUAUUAUUCCACCACGCAUCCAUCAAUAAACGUUUUCAGGCCACUGUGUACGUUGGAAAUGUCAUUCAAAAUGCCAUCAUCGUUGAUAUGAACAAGGAGUGUUUACGGACGGGACAACGUGCUAAAGUGAAGUUUCAGUUCGUCAAACAGCCAGAAUUCAUUGAAGAAGGAUCUCGGUUAUUGUUCAGGGAAGGUCACACCAAGGCCAUUGGACAGGUUAUAUCAGUUGUCUACACUGAACCCGUCGCUGACCGCUAACAAUCAGUCACAAAGAUAAAAAAAAUGGUUUCRACAAUUAGAUUGAUAGUUUGUGUAUAAGUGUACAUAUUAAAUUAACAACGUACAGUCAAAAUGUUUAGUAUGCAGGUUCUAUAUUGUUCUAUAUUUUAAACAUUUGUACAGAAGAAAAUAUGUUUUUAUCCAUUAA